CGCCCCCGCGUCCCGCCCGCGCUUGCAUAGCUGACUCAAAUUCCGGCCUACCGUCUGUCAAGAGUCUACAGCUCAUUGUUGAGUUUUCCAAACCGUAAUCUUGAGCAAAUAGACGGUAAAAUGUAUCAAGUUCUCACUUCAGACUUUGUCAAUGUUAUGAUAUCAACUUCUCUUGGCUCGGAUGUCUCCAGCCAGAGAAAAUUUCUUAAAAGCAUAACAGUUGGUGAUUUAAAGGCCAAAUUGGAGUUGAUCACAGGAGGAGGUGCAGGAACAAUGAAAAUUCAAGUCUAUGAAAAGGAUUCUGAAAAACUAGUGUGCAACCUCGACCAUGAUGAUGCUCUGCUAGGGUCUUUUCCAAUAGAUGACGGAAUGAGACUUCAUGUUGUAGAUAGUUUUGUGUUAAGGAGUAUACCAACAGAUGUUGAAAAGUUUGACCUUACUCCAGAGGAAUAUGCUAAAAAGACAGGAACUGUCAGGGAUUUUCUGGAAAGGAACAAAUUAGGGAAGUAUAAUGAAGAAGAACAAAAAAAGAUAGCAGAAGCUAAGAGAGCAGAGAAAGAAGCAGAGGAAAGAGCAGCAAAGGAAAUAAAUGUAGGAAAUCGUUGUGAAGUUAAAGUUGCCGGUGCUCCUGUGAGACGAGCCACUGUGAUGUUUGUUGGUGAAAUGGAGGGCAAAAACGGAUUGUGGGUUGGUGUCAAAUAUGAUGAGCCCCUUGGCAAAAAUGAUGGGAGUGUGGAUGGAAAGAAAUACUUUGAAUGUCCUCCUAAAUAUGGAGGGUUUACUAGAGUUGUCAAUGUAACUGUUGGAGAUUUCCCCGAAGAAGAAUUUGACUUGGAUGAAAUAUGAUAACAUUCCUUCAA